GAAAAAGUAAAGGGUUGAUAAGGUUCCACCAUAGAAAGAAAGAUGGAGAUAAUUAAACCAAAAGCCUCAGACUCAAAGAAGAUAGCAACAAAAACUGAGGAUGAAAAGAAGACAAAGAAAUAUAAUAUGAUGACCAGUAAUGGUCAAAAGUUCACUACUAUUAAAGGGCAUCUCAAAAUCGUUGAGGGUUUAAGACAAGGUAAGACAAAAGACGAUCAAUCUAGGAGCCCGAGAUCCUCAUCAUCAUCAUAUGUGAUGGAAAUCAAGAUGGGAAAUUACAAACAUUCGAUUCAAAGAUCAGAAAAUACUAAAAGGAUAGAAACUCAAGACAAGGGUAAGAAGGUGAUGAACCUGAAACAAAACACAGAAGACGAGAGUAACGUUCAUAAGAUGAAGAAUAAGAAAGUAUGGGAUUGCGAAAGCACACUCUAUGACUCGUUCGAGCUCAACUCGUUCAAUCGUCAGCUCGACAACGCAAUCUCUUCCUCCGCUAGAUCCAUGUCAAUGCCUCACCUUCCUCCUCCACCGUCAGAAACCACGUCUUCGUCUGCGACAAAAAAGCAGCCAUCAAACAAGAUCUCACGCUCUCUACAGAAACUCGUAAAGUCAAUCUUCAGACAGAAACAGUCAAACACUCCCUUUAAGGCAUGUCACGGCGUAGAUAUGGAUAAAUACUACGUCGUUUUCGACAAGACGGGAUCCCUCACGACGAUUCCCGAGUCAAGAGAGUCAAUAGAAUUGGCUGGCUCAGAGAUCAACUCGCUUGAUAGAAAAACCGUGUCAGAGCGAUUCCCACCGAGUCGUCUCGCGGGUAUAUCUUGUUCCUGAUCAGUAUUAUAUAAUUUGCUGAUUGAUGUAAGCGUAACUCGUUAAUGAAUAGAAAGUCUUUAAAAGUACUGUAUUUGAAAUAAGUAUUAUGGUCAUGUUUUUUUUCUAUUUUGAAACACUGUUUA